CCGCGGCGCGAGAAGCCGUCUGCAAACGCAUUUUACUAUCCAAAGGAGAAGGCGUUGGUCAGGGCUGAGGCUGUUACAGCGGAGGUCCCCGCCGCGGUGGAGGAGGCGGUGCAGAAACCUGCGGCGCCCGUCGAGGCAGUUGCAGCAGCACCGGCACCUGCCAUCGCCCCGCCUGAGCCAGAAGCUGUCGUUCCUGCUGAACCCGAGGCUGCCGCUCUUCCUGAACCCGAGGCUGCCGCUCUUCCUGAGCUCGAGGCUGCCGCUUCUCCUGCACCCGCACCGGUUGUAGCGAAGAUGGAGCCAGAGCCCACGACCGCUGAGCCGUUCUUCUCUGAUGCGUCGCCUCGCCAGAGUGGCCUGCGAGCGCCGACAAAGCCGCCAGCUUACGUGAAAUCCGCUGUGAAGGAACCGCUGCCUGAGCGGCUCUCGCAACCGCUUCCGCCUCGCCAGGAGCCCGCUGCCAUCACGCAAAAGCCGGGCAAGCUGCCGACGAUGCGAGUGACUAUCCGAAACGUUGACACCUUCGGUCUGAACAGCAACAGCAACCAUAUCCCGCCAGACGAGCUGCCACCGGAGCUAGCCGUUCUGCCGUUGACAGAGGCACCUGCGCCUGUCGAGGCUCCGCCCGUCGAGGCAGCUGCAGCAGCACCUGCACCUGCAGAGACAGCAGCACCUCCGGCACCUGAGCCAAAAGCUGUCGUUCCUCCUGAACCCAAGGCUGUCGUCCCGCCUGAGCCAAAAGCUGCCGUUCUUGCUGAACCCGAGGCUGCCGCUCUUCCUGAACCCGAGGGCUGCUGCUCUUCCUGA